AUGCCUCCCAGACGUCAACCUAGCUCUGCCAGGCCCAAACGCGGCGCGCAGAAUAUCGAACUGCACAACACUGACACGAAAACUGCUCCGAAGACUGUUGGGCGCAAAAGGAAAGCCCCAGAGACCACCCACAAGAAUACAACAAGCCACAAACGACAGAAAGAAUCUCCUUCAACUCUAAAUAGCGCGCCGAACCAGCGACUAGAUGUCUAUGUAUUUGGGACCAAUUCCGGAGGCGAACUCGGUCUAGGAGAUGCAAGCAAAAAUAUUGCGAUAUCGAGUCCAAUUUGUGGAGUACACUCUGCUGCGUUGACAUUUGACAAUCAAAUCCUUACCUGGGGUUCAAACGACGAUGGAACACUGGGUCGUGAUACAGAACAAAAAACCAAAACGACCUCUAUAGACGCUAAGAGCGAUACUAGCGAGGACGAGGACGAUGAAGAGGACGAUGAAGUGGAUCUCAACCUCAAAGAAGCCAGUCCGUUGCCUGUGGAUCCCUCGCAUUUCUCAACUGGCACCUUUUUCACACAGCUAGUUGCAACGGAUAGCACAACCUUUGUUCUUACUGAAGAAGGACUGGUAUAUGGUUGGGGGACAUUCAGAAAUAAUAAUGGCUCUAAAAGAUUUUCUCCUGAAGUCGAAACGCAAGCUGUUCCUAUCUUGAUUCCUGGCUUGCAUCAUGUUACGAAACUUGCGGCUGGUGCUCAACAUGUUCUGGCACUUACAUCAAAUGGAACUGUUUUUACAUGGGGCUCUGACGAACAGAGCCAGCUUGGUAGACGCCCAAACAGUCGUCUAUAUAAGCUUCCAUGGCUUAUUCCGGGACAAUGUGCGCUUCCUCGCAAUAUAAUUGAUUUUGGUGCUGGAUUAUACCAUUCACUUGCAAUCCAGAAAGGUGGCAAAGUAUAUGCAUGGGGAUCAAACAACUUUGGGACAAGCAAAUAUUACUACUGUAUUUGGUGGAAAGAUCACAGCUUGGCAUUGACUGACCAGGGUCAUUGCCUGACAUGGGGGCGCAUCGAUAAUAAAGCUCUCGGCCUAGCGAUCAAGGAUAUACCGUCAUCUGAUACUAUAUAUGACACUUAUGGAAAGCCGCGAAUCCUGAAGACCCCAACACGCAUCACUGACAUUGACGAAAAUAUCACUUUAAUCACUAUAGGUACAGAUCAUUCUAUCGCUAUAACUAACGAUGGAAAGGCAUAUAGCUGGGGGUUUAAUUCUGACCACCAAGCUGGACACCCAACCGGAGAAGAGAUUGAGAAACCAACCCGUAUCGAAAACAAGCAUUAUCUUCAUACCUGUCUUGUUCUUCGAAUUGUCAGAAUGGGCAGUGUUCCGGAGCUGGCGGCCAUCAGUGGCCCGACAUACGCCACGGCGCAGACCCUCAUUCAGCAGGUAUCUUACGCUCUGUCGGAUAAGAUCUUCUCAUACUCUCCGGAAUCAUUCGACCUUGAUUCUGCCGUCAAAGAAUGGGCAUCCAAAGGUGAACUGAACGCCAAUGGAGAGAAGACAACGAGCCAGUCUCUUCAGACUCGCCAGGGAGCUGGAUCUAUUGCCCUAGGCUACCUGUUCUCGAGAGACUUUGACUUGAAGAAGCGCCGCAUACCGCAAGGAAUUAUAGCUUCUUCCGCCACAUUGACCUAUCUUCGAACAUCUCUGGAACAGCUGUCGUUACUUUACGCUGUUGCCAGCCCUGUAGUCGCCCAUGUUGCUGCCGUUGACUACGCCGGAGGACGUCUAGUUUCGGAUUAUGCAACUGCAUUGAACCUGGCCGAAGAUCUGGGCCUCGGUUUGAUCUCCAGCUCAUCGCCCCAUGAGGCCCAGCACAUGGCCCUUUUCUCAACCCUCGUUGCUGCGAUCCUGCCUACCAUCCAUAUCUAUGAUGGCGUUCGCGUCGGACGUGACAACACUCGUGUUAUUGACGUCCUUGACCAGCCCGGCCUCAACCGCAUAUACAAAGCCGUUCAAAAGAGCCUGGAAGACACCCGCUCAAAACAUCUCGAUGACCAGGGAAAAGUGCUCGAAGUUUUGCAGAGUCUCAAUGGAGAACUUGGCACGGAUUAUGGUUUGUUUGAAUACCACGGCCAUAGCGAGCCAACCUCGGUCUUGGUGGCUUUCGGCACUGUUGAAGCUUCUUUGACAUCCAAGAUUGCUCGUACUCUCAGUAAGGAUAACGCACGAAUUGGCGUCAUCAACGUGCGAGUAUACCGGCCGUUCGUGGAAGAAGAGUUCCUCCGUGUUUUGCCAAAAUCUGUCAAGACAGUGGGAGUCCUUGGCCAAGUCCGUGACCAGCAAUCUGUCCAGGAAGAGGGCAUUCACUCUGCUUUAUACGAUGAUGUCCUCGCAGCUUUGACUUUCGCCAGUGACCGAGAUGAUGUUCCUUCUUGCGUCGAUAUCAAGUACGAGCGGUCUCACCAGUGGACAGCUAUCAAUGUCGCUGCUGCGUUUCAGCGUAUUGUUGACAAACCUAUUUUGCAAAAUGCACACCAGCCGGCUCCUCUUCAGCUUCUCGAUCGGGUCAACGUUCAGGAAUAUACUUUUUGGGACUUGGAUGAUGGACGGUCUUCUGAUGCCUCUGCGGCAUUGACAGAUGCCUUGGCCAAGGACCCUCUUGCCAACUUGACCACUAGUACCACCUACGACAAUUUGGUUCAAGGCGGUGUCGUUCGCAUCGAUGUCCGUAAGAGUAAGAAAAUUCUGGACGCUCCAUAUUCGAUCACCACCGCAGAUGUGGCUUACGUCGGCGAUAUCAAAAUCUUGAGCGAGGUUGAUAUACUGGCUUCUGUGAGAGAUAGCGGUGAAGUCGUUAUCAAGGCACCAGGGCUGAAAGACGACGAACUCGAGAAAAAGUUGCCUGCUGUUGUCCAGCAACAAAUUUCCAAGCGCCGAAUUGUGCUUUCUGUACUGGACACCUCAAAUGCCAGUGAAUCUCUUUCAGAAUCUAGCAUCACUCAAGCUGCUUUCUUGCAAAUUGCCAAGAUCCCACUGGACUCUAUUAAACACCAAGAUUUGGCCGGACUUGAAAAUGCUCAAAAACAGCUUGAUGGCCUAUUGCGAAAAGUUGAAGUUCCGGAAGCAUGGGCUUCAGCGGAAAUCCCCUCUGAGGCGCCACAGCUCGCCCAAGAUAUCACUGCAACUAGCUUCGCUCCCUUCAACAAGAAUGAAACCGAGCCCGCUUCGUUGCUCAAGGAUUGGAAAACGGUUGCUAAGGGGAUUGCCUUCAAGGAAGCAUAUGGUGCCCAGAGCGCAUUGCGUCCCGACGUCAAUACCAAGACAUUCACUGUCCAUGUCAAGGAAAACCGCCGAUUAACCCCAGUUACUUACGACCGUAACAUUUUCCACAUUGAAUUCGAUCUCGGUGACUCAGGUCUUAAGUACGAUAUCGGUGAAGCACUCGGCGUCCACGCGGAGAACGAACCUGAAGAUGUUCAAUCGUUCAUCAAAUUCUAUGGUCUAGACGCCGACGAAGUUGUCGAAGUCCCUAACAGAGAAGACUCGAACAUUUUGGAGAAUCGCACUGUAUACCAGGCUUUGAUCCAGAACAUCGACCUCUUUGGUCGCCCUCCUAAGCGAUUCUAUGAAGCACUUGCAGACUUCGCUACCGACGAGAAGGAAAAGAAAGAGCUCCUGACAUUGGGUGGUCCCGAGGGUGCCGUUGAGUUCAAGAGACGCGCAGAAGUCGACACCGUCACGUACGCUGAUAUCUUGCUGGAGUUCCGCUCGGCUCACCCCAGCUUCCACGAUAUUGUGCGCAUCGUGAACCCGAUGAAGCGCCGUGAAUAUUCUAUUGCAUCCUGCCAGAAAGUGACACCAAACUCGGUUGCUUUGAUGAUUGUCGUUGUGAACUGGGUUGACCCGAGAGGUCGUGACCGAUUUGGUCAAGCCACCAAGUAUCUCAGUGCUCUUAGACCAGGCGCCCCAAUCACUGUCAGUGUCAAGCCUAGCGUGAUGAAACUGCCGCCCCGCUCGACGCAACCAAUCAUCAUGGCUGGUCUGGGUACAGGCCUCGCACCGUUCCGUGCCUUUGUGCAACACCGGGCUCUCGAGAAGGCCCAGGGCAAGGAGAUUGGCUCCGUUCUUCUGUACAUGGGAUCGCGUCACCAGCGUGAAGAAUACUGCUAUGGUGAAGAAUGGGAGGCUUACCAGGCCGCCGGUGUCAUUACUUUGCUAGGACGUGCCUUCUCUCGUGAUCAACCACAAAAGAUCUAUAUCCAAGACCGCAUGCGCCAGACUAUCCCAGAAAUCGUCGACGCUUAUAUCCGCGAAGAAGGCGCAUUUUAUCUGUGUGGUCCUACUUGGCCGGUACCGGAUGUCACCGCAGUCUUGGAAGAGGCCAUUGCUACCGAAGCUAAAGCCACUGGCAAGAAGUUGGAACCCCGCAAGGAGAUUGAAAAGUUGAAGGAGCAAGAAAGAUACGUUUUGGAAGUGUACUAG